CACACACACACACGCGCGCGCGCGCUGAGACAUGAAUUUCCAGUCCGGAGUCCCGGGGUCCGGCAUCUCGCAGCAGUCCCAGCCGGCCAUGCCCACUCCGGGUACGGUCCCGGCGCCCGUCCCGGUCCCGGUUCCCCAGUCCAUCCCGUCCCAGUUCGGGUCCGGAUCUUCCGGCGGUUCCGGGGCCGGACAGUUCGGGUCGGGGACGGUGUCGGGCCCGGCGGCUCAGCCCGGCGGCUCCGCAGGCUCCCAGUUCGUUCUGUCCAACUCGGCGGCCAUCCGGGCCGAGAUCCACCGGUUCGAGUCCGUCCACCCGAACAUCUACGCCAUCUACGACCUGAUCGAGCGCAUCGACGACCUGGCACUGCAGAACCAGAUCCGGGAGCAUGUGAUCUCCAUCGAAGACUCUUUUGUCAACAGCCAGGAGUGGACGCUGAGUCGCUCUGUGCCUGAACUCAAAGUGGGCAUUGUGGGUAACCUGUCCAGUGGGAAGUCAGCCUUGGUGCAUCGAUACCUGACCGGGACCUACGUGCAGGAGGAGUCUCCUGAAGGUGGUCGAUUCAAGAAGGAGAUUGUGGUGGACGGACAGAGCUACCUGCUGCUGAUCCGGGACGAAGGAGGACCUCCAGAGCUGCAGUUUGCUGCCUGGGUGGAUGCCGUGGUCUUCGUCUUCAGCCUGGAGGACGAGAUCAGCUUCCAGACGGUCUACAAUUACUUCCUUCGUCUGUCCAGCUACAGGAACACCGCCGAGGUGCCCAUGGUGCUGGUGGGAACUCAGGAUGCGAUCAGCGCCGCCAACCCCCGAGUCAUUGACGACUCGCGGGCCAGAAAACUGUCCAACGACCUGAAGCGCUGCACGUACUAUGAGACCUGCUCCACCUACGGCCUGAACGUUGAGAGAGUCUUCCAGGAUGUUGCUCAGAAGGUGGUUGCCAUGAGGAAAAAGCAGCAGCUCUCCAUCGGCCCCUGUAAAUCUCUUCCCAACUCUCCGAGUCACUCGUCUGUUCCGGCGGCUUCGCUCCCGUCGGUUCACAUGAACCAGGCAGCCAAUGGCGGAGGCGCGUUCAGCGACUACUCCUCCUCCGUCCCCUCCACCCCCAGCAUCAGCCAGCGGGAGAUGCGCAUCGAGACCAUCGCAGCCUCCAACACGCCUACGCCCAUCCGCAAGCAGUCGAAGCGCCGCUCCAACAUCUUCACAUCGCGGAAAGCCAGUGAGCAGGCAAAGAGCGUUGAGAGUAAAACAGACAGCAUAGGCAGUGGAAGGGCCAUUCCUAUCAAACAGGGAAUCUUGCUGAAGCGCAGUGGAAAGUCUCUCAACAAGGAGUGGAAGAAGAAAUAUGUCACUCUGUGCGACAACGGCGUGCUGACCUACCACCCCUCCUUACACGACUACAUGCAGAACAUUCAUGGGAAGGAGAUUGACCUGUUGAGGACCACAGUGAAGGUUCCUGGGAAGCGUCCCCCUCGUGCCGUUGCCCCCGUGGCGCCUGCCGCCCCCGCCGCCACCGCCAGCCCAAAGACCAACGGCCUGAGCAAGGACCGCAGCAGCCUCCAGCUCGGCAUUGGGAGCACAGCUCCUCACUCCAGCAGCAGCUCCUCUCUGCAGAGCGGCUCCAUGUUCACAGGGAAAGAUGCCGUCGCACAUCAGCGCUCCUUCUCCAUGUCCAGCACCGAGCAGUGGAACGAGGCGGUGAGCGGCGGAGCCAAUGAGACGAGCGACCCGGCGGCGCCCGGCGCCACCGCCACCAGUCCCAAGCUGGAGCCGCCGCCUUCGCCGCACGCCAACCGCAAGAAGCACCGACGGAAAAAAAGCACUGGCAUCGCCAAACCGGAGGGCCUGGCAGCCGGAAAUGAGGAACCAGAGGACUCCUUUGAGUUUGUCAUCGUGUCUUUGACGGGGCAGACGUGGAACUUCGAGGCCUCCACCUACGAGGAGCGGGAGCUGUGGGUCCAGGCCAUCGAGAGCCAGAUCUUCGCCAGUUUGCAGUCCUGUGAGAGCAUCAAAAACAAGUCUCGGUUAGGAAGCCAAAGUGAUGCCAUGGCCAUUCAGUCCAUACGGAACGUGAGAGGGAACAGCUUCUGUGUGGACUGCGAUGCCCCCAACCCGGACUGGGCCAGUUUGAACCUGGGAGCCCUGAUGUGCAUCGAGUGCUCCGGAAUCCACCGGAACCUGGGAACCCACUUGUCCCGCGUGCGUUCUCUGGACCUGGACGACUGGCCGCUGGAGCUCAGCACCGUCAUGACGGCCAUCGGCAAUGCCGUGGCCAACAGCGUGUGGGAGGCCGGCGUGGAGGGCUACAGCAAGCCGGGCAGCGACAGCAGCAGGGAGGAGAAGGAGCGCUGGAUCCGAGCCAAAUACGAGCAGAAGCUGUUCCUGCUGGGGCUGCCGGGCUCCGACGUGCCCUUGGGCCAGCAGCUGCUGCGGGCCGUGGUGGAGGACGACCUGCGGCUGGUGGUGCUGCUUCUGGCUCACGGCUCCAAGGACGAGGUCAACGAGACG